CGCAGACACAGCGUGUCCCCCUCCCCCCGCCAACACCCUGCUCCUCGCGGUUCAAAAGCUCCCCCCCGCCGGUAACGGAGCCAGACCUGCCAGCACCAGCGGGGAGAGCCGCCGGCAGCAGAGAUGGACCCCAGAAAAGCGCCUAAAUACCUCAUCUCCGCCGGGCGCCGCAUCCUCACCAUCGCCUUUGCCCUGCUCAUCUUGGGGGUCCUGACAUGGGCCUACGUCGCCGGGAUCCAGCUGGUGGCCGACCAGUAUCGGAUCAUGGCCUUCGGCCUCUACGGAGCCUUCCUCGCCGCCCACCUGGCCAUCCAGAGCUUCUUUGCCCUCCUGGAGCACCGGCGGAUGAGGAGGGAGUCGUUGACCUGCAGCUACACCAAGACGGUGGCGUUGACCAUCUCGGCCUACCAAGAAGACCCGUCCUACCUGCGGCAGUGCCUGGAGUCGGUGCGGGCCACCCUGUACCCCCGCGAGAAGCUGCGGAUCCUCAUGGUGAUCGACGGGAACAGCCCCGACGACCGCUACAUGCUGGACAUGUUCCGCGAGGUCUUCGCCGGCGAGGACGUGGGCACCUACGUCUGGGAGAACAACUACCACCAGCAGCCCCCGCUGGAGGGCGAGGCGGGGGGCGGCGGCGGCUCCCCGGGGGCGCGAGGGGAGGAGCCCGGGCCCUACACCGAGGUGGAGAUGGUGGACCCAGGCCAGCUGGUGGUGGAGGAGUUGAUCCGCUCCAGGCGAUGUGUCUGCAUCAUGCAGCGGUGGGGCGGGAAGCGGGAGGUGAUGUACACGGCCUUCCGGGCGCUGGGCAGCUCGGUGGACUAUAUCCAGGUGUGCGACUCGGACACCAAGCUGGACCCCAGGGCCACGGUGGAGCUGGUGAAGGUGUUGGAGGCCAACAAGCACUACGGAGCCGUGGGGGGUGACGUGCGGAUCCUGAACGUCUCCGACUCCUUCAUCAGCUUCAUGAGCAGCCUGCGCUACUGGAUGGCCUUCAACGUGGAGCGCGCCUGCCAGUCCUACUUCGACUGCGUCUCCUGCAUCAGCGGGCCCCUGGGCCUGUACCGGAACGACCUGCUGCAGCAGUUCCUGGAGUCCUGGUACAACCAGAAAUUCCUGGGCACCCACUGCACCUUCGGCGACGACCGGCACCUCACCAACCGCAUGCUGAGCAUGGGCUACGCCACCAAGUACACAGCCCGCUCCCGCUGCUACUCAGAGACCCCCGCCCAGUUCCUGCGCUGGCUGGCCCAGCAGACCCGCUGGACCAAGUCCUACUUCCGCGAGUGGCUCUACAACGCCCUCUGGUGGCACCGGCACCACCUGUGGAUGACCUACGAGGCCGUGGUGGCCGGCGUCUUCCCCUUCUUCGUGACGGCCACCGUCCUGCGCCUCUUCUACGGGGCCAGCCUGUGGGACGUGCUGUGGGUCCUGCUCUGCGUCCAGCUGGUGGCCUGCGUCAAGGCCCUCUACGCCUGCUGGCUGCGGGGCAGCCCCCGGAUGCUCUUCAUGAGCCUCUACGCCCUGCUCUACAUGGGCGGCCUCCUGCCAGCCAAGUACUUCGCCAUCGCCACCAUGAACAAGAGCAGCUGGGGCACCUCCGGGAGGAAGAAGAUGGUGGGCAACUUGAUGCCCCUGCUGCCCGUCUCCAUCUGGGGGCUGCUGCUGCUGGGGGGGCUGGGUUACACCCUCUACCAAGAGGCCCAGGCCGACUGGACCAGCCUGGUCAAGCAGGCCGAGCUGGGCUACCUGGUCAUCGGGGUGGGCGUCUACCUGGGCUACUGGGCCGGCAUGGUGCUGCUGUACUGGGUGUGGAUCCGGCGGUGCUGCCGGAAGCGGGCCGAUCACUACACCGUCCAGGUGUGAGGCCCAGACGCCAGGGUUCCUUGUUAUUCGCUUCCUACCUCCCACCCCCGGCCUGGCUAUGGGGAAGCUGGAAGGCCGGA